UCUCAAUUCAAGACCAUCUGAAUUUAAUACUCCAGUUUGAGUUCGUGUUGCAUCAUUUUGUAUAACAAAAUUCUUUACAAAUUGAUCAAUGGCUUCAGCGCUGUCAAUUUCAGCCUCACCUUUCCUCUCAACCAAGCCCAAAGCUUCACCAAGAAAGAACGUAACGCCCUGUCGAGUUGUCCUAUCGUCGAGGAGGAGCUCUCGGCUGCCUGUUGUUAGGGCUGAGGCCGCUGGGGAUGGCAAGGAAAACGCCGUGGACGUGCAUGUUAAUCAAGGACAACAAGGGAACUCUUCUUCUGUGGAGCGGCGACCGAGGAGACUGGCUGUAGACAUUUCACCUUUUGGUUUGAUGGAUCCUUUUUCUCCAAUGAGGACAAUGCGUCAAAUGUUGGACACAAUGGACCGUCUCUUCGAGGACACCAUGACAUUCCCCGGCAGCCGGAAUCGAACGAUGGGGGAAGUGCGAGCUCCAUGGGACAUUAAACACGAGGAAAACGAGAUCAAAAUGCGUUUCGAUAUGCCAGGAUUGACCAAGGAAGACGUGAAAAUCUCGGUGGAGGAUGAUGUCCUUGUGAUAAAAGGAGAGCACAAAAAAGAGGAAGGCGGCGAUGGUAACGAUUCUUGGUGGAGCAGAAGCGUCAGUAAUUACGAUACUCGUCUUCAACUUCCUGAAAAUUGUGACAAGGGGAAUAUCAAAGCUGAGCUCAAGAAUGGUGUUCUUUAUAUCAACAUUCCUAAGACAAAAGUUGAACGCAAGGUCGUUGAUGUUCAAAUUCAGUAAAUGAUGUGUGAAAUUUUGAGGCUUUAUGUAAUCAGUUUGUAUUUAUGUAUGAAGUAAUUUGUAAAGAGAAAGUUUUAUUCCUAAAUCACAAUGCUUUCUUAAGUUGAA